CUGUUGAGAAAACUUUCGGUGACUCAGCUAUUCUCGCCGCAACGUAUCGAAGCCACCAAAGCUCUGCGGAUGAGGGCGGUGCAAGAGCUUGUGAGCUCUAUAAGUGAAAGCAGCGACAGAGAAGAAGCUGUUGAUAUUUCUCGUGUAUCCUUCAUCACAGUUCUUAAUAUCAUAUCGAACAUUCUGUUUUCGGUCGAUCUGGGCAGCUACGACUCGAAGAAGUCUAUAAAUGAGUUUCAGGACACGGUCUUUGGUGUCAUGGAAGUUGUUGGGAAACCAGACGCUGCUAACUACUUUCCAUUUCUGGGGUUUCUUGAUCUUCAAGGUAAUAAGAAGACUAUGAAGGUUUGCUGUGAGAGGUUGUUUAGGGUUUUUCGUGGGUUCAUCGAUGCUAAAAUAGCAGAGAGAUCAUCACAGACUAACCCGAACGAUGCGCCAAACAACGAUCUCGUGGACGCGCUUCUCGAUUUCACCGAAGGAGAUGAAGCAGAACUCGAUGUUAACGUUAUUGAACACUUUCUCUUGUUACUUCGCAGCCCUAAAUCGAUGGAGAAAACUCAAGCAGAGAUCGAGCAUGUGAUAGGUCAAAACGGUAUUGUUCAAGAGUCCGAUAUCUCAAAACUGCCGUAUUUACAAGCGGUUGUGAAAGAAACUUUCCGUUUGCAUCCGCCUGUUCCGCUUCUCCUUCCACGAAAAGCCGAAGCUGACGUGGAGGUUCUUGGGUUCAUGGUGCCUAAAGACACUCAGGUUUUGGUGAAUGUGUGGGCCAUAGGACGAGACCCGAGCGCUUGGGAGAAUCCAACGCAGUUCGAGCCAGAGAGGUUUUUGGGGAACGACAUGGACGUGAGAGGUAGAGAUUAUGAGCUGACACCAUUUGGAGCCGGACGGAGAAUAUGCCCGGGAUUGCCUUUGGCUAUGAGGACAGUUACUCUCAAGCUCUUCUUUACUUCUUUGACUGGAAGCUUCCAAACGGCGUCGUUUCUGAGGACUUGGACAUGGACGAGUCCUUUGGUCUCACAUUGCAUAAAACAAAUCCGUUAG